GAUUGGAGAGCUCCGGAGUCGGGCUCGGCGAGGACCGGGCGGAGUUUUGGGGUCUUCUUUGGUUGCGCGGUCCGGGGGAAAAGGAGAAAACGGAGGCGACGGGAAGGUCUUCCCCCCCAUUCAGCGGCCUCCCCCCAAAGAUCCGCGGGUGGGGUGGGGGGUCUGGAUACGCCUCCCCUGCUUCGUUGCGGGUUUUUGACGGUGCGCACCGCCGGGACGAGCCAGCCUCCCCACGGCUCUCACAGUUGCCGCCGAGGAAAGCUUCUCUUGGCUCGUUUUCUUUGGGGCAAAAAGGAGAGAAUCGGUCGCUUAAAAGGAAAGGGAAAAGACGCACCGGCCCCCGACCCCCCCUUCGCCCCCCCUCAACCCCAACCGGGAGAUCGGGGCCCGUCCACCGAGGAGGGAGGGAGGGGCUCCGGCCCGGCAGCCCCGUCGCCGCGCAGCAGCGGGCAGGCGAAGGAGGCGAAGAAAGCGGCAGAGCAGCGCGCACAGAAAGGCGGCGGCGGCGGCGGCGGCGGCGGCAGGGGAGGGGGGGGAGCUUGGAAAAGCCCCUGAAGAAGCCGGCUGACGUCACAUCCCCUUGACCCUCCAAUCACCUCGGGGUCCCAUUUGAUUGGAAGGCGGCAAAGGCUUUAAUCUCCGGCUAAUUCAGCUGCUUUUGAAGUGCGGCGCUCGGCCACAUCCCCGCCUGGAAGGGCAGCGGCUCGCAUCGCAGCGGAGCGCAGCGGAGGGCAGCGCCGCGGCAAGCAGGAGCCGGGCAGGCCGAGCCAGCCAGCCAGCCCCGGGAAGAGCAGGCCGGAGCCCCCCCAGCCGGCCCGGACCGCCGUCGGAACCGGCGCCAGCCCCCCACCCCACCCCGGAGCCCCUGCGCCGACGGACGGACCGCGGAUUAUCGCUUUUGGGACUUCUCCGGGGGCGACCUUUGCGCGCGGCGGGGUCCCCCCCCCCACUCCAAGCGCGCGGCCCGCGAGUCGAGGCAGGCGAGGCGCGCUCCCGGCGCUCGGGUUCCGGCUGGCGAGCGGCGCGCCCGGCGCGGCCCCCCCUCCGCCCGCGUUCAUGCGCGGCUUUGGGUCAUGAGUGCGCCCCCCUGGGUCUCUGCCGCAAGAAGUAGUCAGCAGCAGCAGCAGUCCGCGGGGGGAGGAGGAGGAGGAGGAGGAGGAGGCGGGAGCAGCUCCCGGAUCGCCUGGCACAGCGGACCCGCCGCCACCCCCCCGGCCGCCGGCAGCAGCAGCAGCGGCGGCGGCCAGCCCUUCGCGCACGCCGUGCCCCCCUCGGACCCCCUGCGCCAGGCCAACCGCCUGCCCAUCAAGGUGCUCAAGAUGCUGACGGCGCGCACGGGGCACAUCCUGCACCCGGAAUACCUGCAGCCCCUGCCCUCCACCCCCGUCAGCCCCAUCGAGCUGGACGCCAAGAAGAGCCCUUUGGCGCUGCUGGCCCAGACGUGCUCGCAGAUCGGCAAGCCGGACCCGUCGCCGUCGUCCAAGCUCUCCUCGGUGGCUUCGAGCGGCAGCGGCGACAAGGAGUCGUCCAAGUCCGGCCCGCUGAAGCUGAGCGACAUCGGCGUGGAGGAUAAGUCCAGCUUCAAGCCCUACUCCAAGCCGGGCCUGGGCGACAAGAAGGAGCCGUCGGGGUCGGGCGCGGGGGGCGCCUCCUCGGGGGCCGGGGGCGGCGGCGGCGGCGCGGGGGAGAAGACGGGCUUUCGGGUGCCGAGCGCCACCUGCCAGCCGUUCACGCCAAGGACAGGCAGCCCCACCUCCAGCGCCGCCUCGGCCUGCUCGCCUGGGGGACUCCUGCCCGGGGACGCCAAGAGCAGCGGCGAGGCCGACAAGAAGGACGCGGCGGGGACCGACGGCUGCGCCAAGGAGUCGUCGGGGCGGCUGGGCUUGGCGGACCUGAGCCAGGGGCACGAGGGCGCCAAGGGACUGCUGGCGGGCGCCUCGUCGGGGGCCUCCGCCUCGGAGACGCCGUGCGGCGGUGGCGCGGUCUCCUCGUCGUCGGGCUGCUCGUCUUCCUCCUCGUCGUCCUCUUCGUCGUCGUCGUCCUCCUCGUCCUCCUCGUCCGUGCUGAGCUCGGGCCUGGUGGCGCCGGUCUCGCCCUACAAGGCCGGCCAGAGCGUGUUCCCGCUGCCGCCGGCAGGCCUGAGCUACCCGGGGGCGCUGGCGGGCGCGUACGCGGGCUACCCGCCGCAGUUUCUGCCGCACGGCGUGGCGCUGGACCCCAGCAAGCCGGGCAGCAUGGUGGGCGGGCUGGGCUGCGGCAAGGCGGCCGUGUCCAGCUCGAGCCCGCUGGCCGGCGCGUCCCCGCCGUCGGUGAUGACGGCCAGCCUGUGCCGGGACCCCUACUGCCUCAGCUACCACUGCGCCAGCCAGCUGGCCGGGGCGGCGGCGGCCAGCGCCUCCUGCGCCCACGAGCAGGCCCUCAAGGCGGCCGCGGGUUACCCGACCCUGGUCUACCCGACGGCGCCGCCGCCGCUGCCGCCGCCCCUGCACGCCGUCCACUCGGCGCCCGCCGCCCUCUACCCCUACGGCUUCCUGCUGCCCAACGAGCCGCAGCCGCACGCCUGCAACUGGGUCUCGGCCAGCGGGCCGUGCGACAAGCGCUUCGCCACGUCGGAAGAGCUGCUCAGCCACCUGCGGACGCACACCGCCUUCCCGGGCACCGACAAGCUGCUGGCCGCCUACCCGGGCUCCGGCUCCUCGCUGGCCGCCGCCAUGGCCUGCCACAUGCACGCCCCCGCCGGCGCCUCCAGCCCGGGCUCGCUGGCCCUGCGCUCCCCCCACCACGCCCUGGGCCUGGGCGGCCGCUACCACCCCUACUCCAAGAGCCCCCUGCCCACCCCCGGCGCACCCCUGCCCGUGCCCGCCGCCGCCUCCGGACCCUACUACUCGCCCUACGCCCUCUACGGCCAGAGACUGACCACCGCCUCCGCCCUGGGAUACCAGGCUCAGGGCGGAAGACGACAUCAUACCACCAAACAUAACAAAUCAGAAAGAAUAACAACAACUAUGACAGCAAAAGCAACUCCCCCCCCCCCCAACUGCACCCACGGGAGGCCAGGGGUGGUCAUGGCCUGGCGGAAAAACUCCGUCCUACAGGCCCUACUACAGCAACUGCUACAGUCCCCUGGUCGCGCUGGGGAGCUUAUUCCACCAGAUAACACAUGUGGAACGGGACCUGCGGCACCGUGGCCCUUUUGAAAGCCUUGUUUGCGACAGUCCAAGACGGGAAGCGGCGGCAUUCUCUUUUGUGCAGUGGCUGCAUUUUGCGCUCACAAUAGCUGCCUUUCAGCGGUGAUUCAUAUGUAUUUUUGUGUGCAAGUAAGUAUCCGAGCACUUAGAGCCCAGCCGAGUGAUUUAUCAUCAGUAUAAACCAUUGAUGGAAAAAGUCACCGGCAAAGAAUGGCUGAGCUGUGUGGGGAGAGAAUGCGCUGAAUUCAAACAAAGGAGGAAGCGAGGAGGGGAAGAGAGAGCCCUGGGCCCGCCGAUCCUCCGAGGGGACCUGAGGAAAUUAUUUUUUGUUUUUCAAAGUUUCGCGCUUCCUGCAUCGCUUCGACCAACCGCCAUGAAAUAUCUUCCUUAUCAGACUCACAGCCAGCUGGCAGGAUUCAGGUCACUGUGACACAGCAAGAAAUGGAAUCAGGAUGAGGCCACCGACAUAAAUAAAGGCCAAGCAAGAGACC